AUGGACACCUACUGCAAGGAGAUACGGAAGCUCGAGUCCUUCUAUGGCCUCCAAUUCCACCACGUUCUUCGAGAUUACAACGUGGCAGCUGAUUUACUCUCUAAGCUGGGUUCCAAGCGGGCCCUUGUCCCUGCUGGAGUGUUUGUCCAGGCCCUCAACUCUCCCAUAGUCAAGAUCAAGGAGGAACUUCCAACAAAGCCAGAUCUAGUGCCAGCACUAGGUCAGGAAGUGCUCAUCGCCGCCUCUGAUUGGCGAGCUCCAAUCCUUGAUUUCAUCAUCAAUAACAAGUCCUACUCGAAGGACAAGGAGCACGAGUGA